AAAUGAGUCAAAGUUUCACUUAUGUAACUAUACAACUUAGCAAUAACAACAACGACAAAGAACAACAAUAACAACAAUCAGGAUUAUGGCCCUUAACCAAAAUAUUAACAGAAACAGUUCGUCCUAAAGUCUGAUAUAUUAUUUUUUUUUAUGCUGGAAGAAAGAAGCAAACAAACAUGAAUUAUACCUCCCCCCUCAAUGACACAGGCAACUCAAUUAAUUUUAUGCAUUUGUAGGCAGCUGCUGAAAUCCAUUCUGGGGCCAAACAGCCAAUAAAGUAAUUCGUUAAAUGCACAUGCAGAAAAAGCAGUUUUGUGUCCUGGAUAAUGUGGCAUGACAGCUCUGUGGGAAAGUGAUAAGGUCCAGUAAACAAGCUUGAGAUCCAUCUUCGCCGCCAGCCAUCCUGCCAGAGAUCGAGUAUGGGGGGUCUGGACUGCAGAAGCAUGUUCUUUUUCUUGUUUUUACUCUUCAAAGCUUUUGCAUUUCUAGGUGCCGCAGAUGUUUGUUCAAAUGCAAUACUGCUAGGAUUGAAAGGAGAGCUGGGUGACAAUGGCGAUGCGGGGGAGCAGGGAAGGCUGGGAAAAGCGGGACCGACCGGGCAGCCAGGACUGCGGGGGGAACUGGGUAGCCAGGGAGACACUGGGCCAAUGGGGAAGACCGGCCCAGCCGGAGAAAGAGGGGACAAAGGCAUACGUGGCACUGAUGGACCUCCGGGACUUAAAGGAAGACCUGGCACAACCUGUGACUGCGGGCGCUACAGGAAGGUUGUUGGCCAGCUGGACGUCAACGUUGGCAAGCUGAAGAACUCUGUCAAUUUCCUGAAAAGCGUCAUUUUAGGGAUCAAGGAGACAGAUGAGAAGUUCUACCUAAUUGUCAAAGAGGGGAGGAAGUACAAAGACGCUCUGCUGAGCUGCCAGCUGCGGGGUGGCACCCUGGCCAUGCCCAAAAGUGAGGCGGCAAACGCCCUGAUCGCCAGUUACAUCAACCAAGCCGGCCUUACUCACGCGUACAUUGGGCUGCGCGCCGCGGAGUCGGAGGGCGAGCACGCGUUCACGGACAGCUCGCCGCUGCAAAACUUCACCUCCUGGAGCACGCCCGGGAGCGCGCAGAGGAACGGAACUUGCGUGGAAAUGGCGAGCACCGGAGCGUGGACGCCGGCGGACUGCGACGCCGCCAUGUACUACAUGUGCGAGUUUACCAAGAAAGGCAGGGUAGCCAGUACCGCCUUGUGACGUCUGCAUAUCUGGAGUUAUUAAAGGAUUUCCCUCGGGAUCAAUAAAAAAAACAUAUAGUAUAUAACGUAUAAAAUGUGCCCAUAAAGUAUAUCUUAUCUUAGUAGAUCUCUAGUAUAAAUAUCCUGCAUCAGCUGCAACAUUUUGCAGGCUGCUGCGCUUCAUUGAUGCGAUACUUGUUGAAAAACAUUUCAUUUAAUGUAGGUCAGUCUAGCCAAACAAGAGCACGUGUAAUUCGUAAUAAAUAUUUGUUUCGCUAGUAGCCUAAAUGUUAUAUGAUUUAAACUUACAAUAAAUACCUGAAACAA